AUGUCAACUAUUACAUUCGUCACGGGGAAUGCAAAUAAAUUGAAGGAAGUGUUGGCGAUUUUAUCGACUUGCUCUGAAUCUGAUGAAAAUGGCAAGAAUCUCAAUAACAAGGUAGGUAAAUUCACGAUAGUUAAUAAAUCCAUUGAUCUCGAUGAAAUACAAGGAACAAUAGAACAAGUGACGAUAAAUAAAGCACAAACAGCGGCAAAGGCCAUAGACGGACCCGUGCUAGUUGAGGAUACGUGUUUGACAUUCGAUGCAUAUAAUCAAACCCUCCCUGGCCCUUAUGUAAAAUGGUUUGUUCAAGCUAUAGGAUUGGAUGGGUUGGUUAAAAUGUUACUCGGAUAUGAGGAUAAACGAGCAAGUGCUAUAUGUACGUUUGGAUAUUGUGAAGGACCGGGGAAAGAAGUGGUGAUUUUCCAAGGAAUAACUCGUGGUCAAAUUGUAGAUAGCAGAGGUCCAACUAAUUUUGGUUGGGAUUCAAUUUUCCAGCCUCAAGGAUUUAAUGAGACUUAUGCUGAAAUGGAGAAAAAGGUAAAGAACUCAAUAAGUCAUAGAUACAAAGCCUUGGAUAAAGUAAGAGACUACUUACUAUCCCUUUAA